AUGGUCAACAAGGGGCAGAGCUGGGAUGCCAUUCCAACCGUGACCACAAGGGCUCACUGCAAUGAGAGGGUGUUGUCAGCCCCUCCCUUGAAGGCUCCUCACUGUUCCAUCCUCUCAAACCUGUGUCAACAAGGGCACCUCAGGAAGCCAGAACCCAGCCUUCCACACAACCUGUCCUCCAGCCUGCUCACUGAGCUGACCUUGAGCCCCGUGAGGUCCCUGGACCCCAGCAGCAACAUCUGGAAGCAGGUUAGAAGUGCAAACUCUAGGCCCAGACCUCCUGCACCGGGAACUGUAAACAUCAAUGGAGAGAGGCUCAGCCGGUGGACAGAGGGGCAUCUCCCAGGAAAUGACACCCAACAGAAGGGUACACAGUGUUGGAGGCCGGUCCAGAGUCUAGCUGCAGGCAGGCCCUCUCCUUCUGGAGGCUCCAGGACAGCAACGUCCUUCUACACGGACCACCACGUUCUGUUGACCCACUCAACUGCUGACACACAUGUGGGCUGCCGCCUGCUUCAGCCCGUCACCUCCCAGCGGGUCAUCCAGGUGGACCAGAAGGUGGUGGAGACCCAAAAGCCAGGGGCCCAGCGCCCCGCGGCAGAUGUACUCAGAGCUGAGGGCACUUCCAGCGGUAGAUCUUCACAGCCACCAGCGCUGCAGCCAGGUGCCCAGCUGCAGAGGUGGACAAGACACUCUCGGAGGCUGAAGAAGUUGCCCUGGGCCAUUUCAGACGUCUCUUUGACAGGCUGCAAACCCUGCCUUCCUCCAGCUAGAUCCUCACUCAGGCGUCCUUGGGAGCCAGGGCAGUGGGAGCCAGGACCUGUUGCCUACCUCGCUGGGGGUGGGACCAGGACCCCCAUCCACUCUCUGACCCACACCUGAAGAAGACCAGCCACAUCUGUAAUCCUCAGCUCAGGAGGCUGAGGCAGGAGGAUUGCAAGUUCAAGGCCAGCCUCAGUAUCUUAGCAAGA